AGACCAAGGCACGUGCUGCUCCCCAUACUUGCGCCGGCGUCGCAGACGCCUCCCGUAUCAUCUCCGACCGACGACAUCACCAGCUCCAAGCCAUCGCAAUACUCUAGCUUCGCGCCCAGACAAGCGCCCGCGACAGUUGAGUCUUACAAGACCGGAAAACCGAAAAUUCGCAUACAAACCACAUCAGAGCAGGUCUCUGCAACAUGGACGUCUCCAACAGCCGCCUCUUCCGGUUCUCGAAACCGGAAUGGCUCAAUAACUCCAGCGUCCGCACUGCUGGUGUCUACACAUCCGGCGCACUGUUCUCCAUUGGGUUCUUCUUCCUGGUCGAUGCCGCCGCAUUCUCUCACAGCUCGCGCAACGGCUCCAAGGUGCAUGUGAAGUUUGUCGACUGGAUUCCGGGCAUUUGUUCCGCGCUGGGAAUGCUGGUCAUCAACUCGAUUGAAAAGUCCAGACUGAACGCCGAUAGCUUCAGCUAUAGUGGCAGCGGCGUGGCGUGGAAGGCCCGCUUCGUGCUGUUCCUGGGAUUUGCUCUGCUUGCGGGAGGACUGGCGGGCAGUAUAACGGUUAUGGUUCUCAAGUACCUCAUCAAAGACUAUCCGCUCCAGACCUUGUACUUCGGAAUUGCCAACGUGAUCGCAAACAGCCUCGUUAUGUUAAGCUCGGUCGUGCUAUGGGUCUCCCAGAACAUGGAGGAUGACUACACCUACAACCUUGCCCUGUGAACGCGGGCACGAUGAAUUGGUCAGCACAGGCCAGUAACUAUCUGAUGAAGCAGCGCUGUUUAAUCCCUGUCGUAGCUAUGUUCCGUUUACGUUUAUGGUUUCUCAUUGCUUUCUUGGACUUUCUCCUUCGACUAUGUUCAGAGAUGGGUGUACCUCAUCGCCUGUACCACUAAGUCUGCUGGGUGUAAAUUCAGCUCAAGUAGA